AUAAUCGAAGAGCCUACCAUAGAGUACGUCGAUGUUGAAGAGAGGACCACAAUCGAAAACAUUAAGCCAAUAGCAAAGGGUACAACUACUGCCCAUUUUGUGAAAUUAAUGAAUGAGCUUCUCGAUAUCAUGAACAUGGAUGAGAGUCUUCUAGGUAGUUAUCUUGCAAUGAAUAACUGUACUAUUCAUAAGUCU